AACAGGUGCGGCGGGAGACACGAGCGUCGAGCGUGGAGCAGCGCAUCCCAGCCAAGGCAAUAUAUUAACUGUGACCCAACCGCCGAGUGUCCAGUGCACCUGUGACACAACUUCCUCCUUGGCGUCUGAACUGCUAUAACCCUAAGGUUGACCAUUAAGAUGGUGCGGGCGAGGGCGUGGUGGACGGCGUGGUGGGCGGCCUCGCUCUGGGUGGCAGCUGGCAGUCCUGUUUCCAGCGGGCGGGACAAACUGCUCUAUAUCAUGAUGGAUGGACUGAGAUGGGACUACGUGGACCAGCAGGACGCCACCGUGUUGCCGGGAUUCAACAGGAUUCUGAGUGAAGGAGUGCGGGCCAAGUGGACCAACCCACUUUUCCCGAGCAUCUCCUACCCCACCUGGACCUCCCUCGCCACGGGCCUGCACGCUGAAAAUCACAACAUCGUCGGCAAUUACUUCUACGACGCUGCCGCCGGGGACUACUUCUCUCUUUUCGAUGCCGAUGCUACAGGCAAGCCCAAGUGGUGGACAGCCGAGCCCAUCUGGACCACGGCAGAGAAGAACGGCCUGCGCACGGCUCAGUAUCUGUGGUCCCGCUGUGACGUUCCCAUUGACGGCGUCACCACUGACUUUUGUGAACAUUUCAUCAAGAUCCCGGGUAAAGAGAUAUUUGCAACCAACAUCCAGCGAGCACUGCAGAAAUUCGACGAAGGAUUUGAUUUUGUGCAAGUGUACGUGGAGCACGCGGACAACACGGGCCACAGGUUCGGGCCAGACUCUGAGGACGUGCGUCAGGCGAUGAGGGACUUGGACGAUGUACUGAUGCAGCUCCUGGCCGGCCUGGAGGAGAGGGGACUGCUGAACCAUGUAAACAUCGUAAUCGUGAGCGACCACGGGAUGACGACUACGGACCCGGCAGUCACCAACACACAUGAAAUAGACGACUACCUGGACACUUCCCUCGUGGAGAACCUGGCUGAUAAGGGGGCCUUUAUGAACAUCAAAGUUACUGCAGGCAAUCUCGAGAAGGUAUUCUCCCAGGUGUCACAGAUCCCCGGCGUGUCGGCAUACAGACACGCUGACAUCCCUGACCGCUACCACUUCAGAAACAGUCCUUACAUCUACGACAUCAUCCUCGUUGCUAAGAAAGGGCACUACAUCAUGGCUUCGCGCUCCGACAAGCAGCUGCCGCGUCGCACUGACAGCUACGUGUCCGUCGGUGGUCACGGGUACGACCCUGACGACAUGAACAUGAAGGGCAUCUUCUUCGCCAGAGGGCCAGCCUUCGAUUGCGGAUCCGUAGUGGAGCCGAUACACGUGGUGGAUGUGUACCAGGUCCUGACUCACGUGCUGCACCUCACCCCGCUGCCCCACAACGGCACCUGGAGCCACGUGGAGCCAAUCUUCAGGACCUACGACUCGGUAUGCAGUGGCGCCGACCGCUGCUUCCUGUCCCUCUCCUCGGUACUGCUGCUGACCCUCAUGCUGCUGGCCCGCCAACUCAUGAAUUGACCCGAGCAUAAAAGAAUCUCUCUCUCUCUCUCUCUCUCUCUCUCUCUCUCUCUCUCUGUCCAGAAGUAGCGUUAGUCUAACUCUGAUAUAUCCUUCUCAUUCCAGUCUUCAGUGUGAAAUUUCCAUGUGCACGUUUCCUGCAAGGCACGUACAUGGUGAUCUCUUCUAACUGUUUCCUGCCGGCGUGUUGUCGGUCGUGGUGGAGGGAAAGAGUUUUGUUCUAUCACAAACCUUUUCCUCCACGUGUAUAGUUUACUAAUACGAGUGAGUAGAUUGACAUAUACCCUCUUUAUAGAUCAGCCAUAUAGGUCUUCUGGUUCUCUCUCUCUCUCUCUCUCUCUCUCUCUCUCUCUCUCUCUCUCUCUCUCUCUCUCAACUUAGCUAUAUCUCUCCUAGAAAUCAGGAUAAAUACAAAGGCCAAAUUAGUUACAGUGAUGUUUUGAUACUACUCGACACAAAACAAAUAUUAUGUUCAUAGAAACUUUUUAUAAGGAGAAUAACUGGUCGUCACUGAAGGAGGGGGGGCAGUGGCGUAGAAGAAUGGUUGUGUCGAGUGAGCCAUUGUAGGUAGAAGAAUUGAGUGUUUGAUGCAUUGAUUGCCAGUGAACAACGCCGAGAUUCGCUCUGUCCCAUCCAGUAAUACAGUAGUGGUCGACAGUAAGUCAGUAAAGAUGCCUAACUACGCCAGAUGUAUUAAUUGUGUGGUUAAGUAUAUCUAUGAUGCAUAUAACUUUUUGUAACUCGGAUGAAAACAUGUAACCUUAGGAAUAUAAUUGUGAAAUGAAGGGAAGAAUAAAAAAGCUUAAACACAAA